AAAAAAAAAAAAAAAAAACGGCUCAAAAAUAGCAGGCCAAAUUUUCUGUGGGCUCACACUGAUAAAUCCUCUUUUAAUCCAUGUCCUCUUUCGCGUGAUGUUUGAGGUUCAUUAUGGGCUCAUACUUAUCCAACUGAUAACUAAACAAUUUGCAUGUGUAUUCUAAAAAUAAUAUAUAUUUACAUCAAAAGAUUAGAUGCGGCGCAAGCUAUUCCUUUUUUAUGAACAAACAAUUAUCUCAUUCUUACAUAAACUAGUUUUUUGUUUAUCGUGUUUUAUCAUUAAUAAAAUAUGCCCACUCCCUCCCUUUUUCUUCUCUAUUUUUUUUUUCUUCUAACUAUAUGGACGUAUCGAUGUUCAUGUCAAAAUGGCAACGAGUCAUGGCCGCGUGGACACGAGAGAUAUAUCCAUGUCACGCGCGAUCUAUACAGAAAGGUGGAUUCGUCCAAUACUUCCACAAAAUUAAUGAUUGGAAGUAAAUCGAUGAAUGUUUUGAUUACGAUAUCAACCACACCCAUUCAUAGUGUUGGGCUUUUAACUAACAUAACUCUGUUGGCAAUGUCCUCAAGCUCUUCCAAACUUUACUUAUGUGCCAAAGGUAUCAUGAAAUUGAAGGAGAGUUUUGACAGGCCGACCAGUACACCACCGCUUAAGAACUGUAAUAUCUCUCAUCUUUGA